GCUUAUCAUCAUGAAAGCUCUUUUGCACAAUUACUCUUCUUUCUUAAACCUAUUUGUCAUAUCCAAAGGUUCAAUCACAUUUACACAAUCAAUUGCAGCGAUAGCAUUAAUUUUCAUAUUACUUUACAUUUUUUUCAGAUCCACUAGUGUCUACCUUAUUGACUAUGUUUGUUAUUUACCUCCUGAUAAUUUGAGAAUCCCUCAUUCCCAUUUCAUAGAACACUUUCAAUUGUGCAACUAUGACAAAGAAAUCAUAGAAUUUCAUACCAAAGUAUUGGAGAAAUCCGGUAUCGGAGCCGAGGCUUGCGGGCCAGAAUCAAUUCAUCAGCUCCCUCCUGGUACUUCUAUGAAGCAUGCACAAGCCGAAACUGAGAUGGUUCUUUUCACAAUCGUCAACGAUCUUCUUACGAAACACAAUGUGCAUCCUAAGAGCAUUGACAUCCUUGUAUCAAAUUGUAGCCUUUUCUGUCCCACACCAUGCAUUACCUCAACCAUCAUUAAUAAGUUUGGAUUUCGAAGUAACGUAAAGAGUUUCAGCCUAAGUGGAAUGGGUUGCAGUGCUGGAUUGCUUUCAGUAAGCUUGGUCAAAGAUCUUCUAAAAGUUCACAAAAAUUCACUGGCUUUAGUUCUAAGCAUGGAGGCUGUAGCUCCCAAUGGUUAUACCGGCAAUACAAAAUCCAAGCUUAUUGCGAAUGCAUUGUUUCGAAUGGGAGGAGCAGCAAUUUUACUAUCCAACAAAAAUCAAGACAGGGGAAUAGCCAAAUACAAGCUUCAACAUCUUGUGCGAACACAUUUGGGAUCAAAGGACAGGGCAUAUCAGUCUGUUUAUCAAGAACCUGAUGAAAACAAUAUUGUAGGCGUUUCCCUCUCGCGGUCGUUGUUAAGUGUAGCUGCUUCAGCUUUGAGGAUCAACAUAAAAACCUUAGGGCCUCUUGUCUUGCCUUAUUCCGAGCAACUGCAAUAUGUGUUGUCAAUGCUUCGCAGUAAAAUUUGGGCAGUGGAGAAUAGGGAAAUGUAUGUGCCGAAUUUCAAGAAGGCUUUUGAGCAUUUUUGUAUUCAUGCAGGUGGUAAGACAGUAAUAGACGGUAUAGUGGAAAAUCUGAAGCUGCAUAGGGAAGAUGGAGAGGCUUCAAGGAUGGCAUUAUAUAGAUUUGGUAAUACUUCAUCUUCAUCUCUGUGGUAUGAACUGAGCUAUUUAGAGGCAAAAGGGAGAGUAAAGAAAGGACAUAAGGUUUGGCAAAUUGGGUUUGGAAGUGGAUUCAAGUGCAACAGUGCAGUGUGGAAGUGCCUUUCUGAUAUUGAUCCAAAUGUAAGGAGUGUGUGGUCGGAUAGAAUCCAUUUAUAUCCAGUUGAGAUACCUGUGUUUGACUGUUGAAGUUAUUGUAUAGGUUCAAGAAGUAUUGAAGGGACCAACAAAGAUGAAAAUUGGGCACUUAAUGACUUAUUCAUUUUCUUAUUUAUA